AUGUCAGAGGCGAAAGAAAACGUCGAAGAUCCCACGUUAGAAGUCCCAUUCUCAACAUUGUUGAGCAAAGGAGAUUGGUUUUUCACUAAAGGACAGUACCAAAAAGCUUCGGAGUGUUUCACAAAGGCGUUGACUUUACAACCAGAUGACAAGAAGUGCAUCAUUCGUCGAGGCAAAUGUUACAUGAAAAUCGGGCAAUUUCAGAACGCGUUGCAGGAAGCUGAGACUUUACUGGAAGGAGACCAGUCCUGUUAUGAGGCAUUGUACCAGAAGGCAGAGGCUUUAUACUACAUGGGAAACUUUCCAUUUGCGCUCGUGUUUUACCACAGAGGACAAAAGAUCCGUCCACAAAUGAGAGAGUUCAAGUUGGGUAUCCAGAAAGCAGAUGAAUCUACACAAAGGGCUGCUGACACUCCUGACAGGAUCAAAGAACGUUUAUUAAUCAGCAAAACAGAUUGGGAGGUUUCUGUAAGCAAUGUUCAACCUGUCCCCGAUUACUUAACAUUAAAGGAGAAGGAUCUGAAGACCCCUCGAAGUGAGAACGCUGUGAAACUGCGUCAUGGAGAGUUAUCGGAUGACGAGAGCUUUCUCAAAGAUCUGAUGAAAAACAAAGACUUUGUAAGCGGUACGACAAAACAUGGAGAAAAAGUGGAGGACAUUAUUCAGAGCUGCCUCGAUCUGAUCAACAAUAGCAAAACGUUGGGUCAGGAGACACCCCCCACCCCCCCAAAAAGGAAGCAUCAGCACCCGGCCAAAAAACUCAGCACACCUUUUGAACCUGCCCAGUUUAUGCUCAAGAACCUUAAUGAUAUAGAUGGAGAGCUGGCUUCUGGGAAUGCAAAGCGUAGUCUUAAGAAGGCUGAAGAAGUCCUGAAGACGGUGCAGAUGUGGUCAGAGAAAGAGGUUCCUAAUAAAAAGCAGUUCCUGGCCAACCUUCACCGUUGCAUCGGAAAUGCUCUGUUCGACCUCACAGACAUGGACCAGGCAUUGAAGCAUUACCAGAAAGACCUGGACUUUGCUAAACAGUGCAAAUGUCCAGAAGAAAUGUCCAAAGCUCUAGAUAAAAUGGGCCGAACAUACGCUGAAGUUGAACAGUUUUCUCUGGCUAUUGAAUCCUUUGAGAAGAUGAUUCCCUUGGUCUGUGAGGAUUUGGAGAAGACCUGUUUGUUUCAUCACAUCGGCUGUUCUUACGUGAACCUUAAUCGCCACGAAGAAGCCAGAGAAUACGGCCUUCGCUCAGCUGCCGCGGCUGACCAAACUGGUGAUGAGAAGUGGAAGAUGCAUGCCAAUGUUUUGGUGGCCGUUUCCGAAUUGAAGCUUGAAAAGUUUGAAUCUUCUGUGGCCCACUUUGAGAAAGCUUUGGACGCUGCCAGAGUUCAGGAAGAUGACUUCGCCCAGAAUUCCCUCCAGAAGGCUCUUGAUGAUGCAAAGCAACACGUGAAACAGUGAAAAUCCCCUCAGAGGUUCAGAGAGCAGCUUGGGACCAUAAGAACAGAUUGUAGAUGGGGUUUGUGGUGGCCAAACUGUG